UCGGGGGCUUCAGGUUUCAGCCCGUGCUUCACGGGGAGUGAGAGAGGGCACUGUGCGGACUUUUUUCUCUCUCUCUCCUAAAGCUGCAAGGCAAGGAGCAAUCACCAUGCAAGGAGCCAUCCCACUCAUCGGGCUAUAGACGCAUGAUGCUAAAAAGAUUACUGCCUCUGGAUACCUCUCCCUGGGAAACAGCUAAAGAUAUUCCGAUAAGGAAUAAAAUAACACUUUAUCGAUUUAUUUUGCGCAUAAAAAAGACAUAUUUAAGAAAACAAUACAGAGGCAACCAAAGUAAACGUUCCAUCGUUCUUUUGUAAAAAUUAACCAACUCAAGAAGUGGAAAUUACAAUAUUUUUUGCCUCGGAAGCACACGGAUUUUCUUCAGAGAUGGAAUUAAAGGCGAGCCAGCAGUGCGUUGUUUUUAACACAAUGGAGUAAAGGCGACGGAAUCAGGUCCGCUCCUUUCAGAAUCAAUGUCGAACAAAUCAUCUUUACUGUAGGAAAAUUAAAACGCAACAUCUACCCGGCAAUCUUCCUGGAAGUUGCUCUUCUUUGUAGCAAGAAAUUAAAAUGCAAUGACUGAAGACGACGUUCACAUCUCUCAAUUCACAUUAAGAGGGGUUGAAUGAUGGAUGAGGAUGGAGGGAAUCAACCUGAAGACCAGAGGGCUAAGGAAUCGGAGGGGAGAUCUUCCAUCCCCAGCACUUUUAUCCGUCUCAACGACUUGUCCGGUGGCGGCGGCGGCGGAGAAAGGAGCGACCAGGACCCGGAGCCCGGCGCGGAGCAGAAGGAGCCAGCGGCGGCGGGGGAAGAGAGCUCAAGAGGCAGCACAGAAGCGCUCCCUUACCCGGCUUUGGCACCCGUCGUUUUCUUCUACCUGAAACAGACGACUCGACCUCGAAGCUGGUGUCUCAAGCUGGUCUGCAAUCCCUGGUUUGAAAGGGCGAGCAUGCUGGUUAUCCUGCUGAACUGUGUCACCUUGGGAAUGUACCAACCCUGUGAGAACAACCAGUGUACCUCGGAGCAUUGCAAGAUCUUACAGAAAUUUGACGACUUCAUCUUCGCUUUCUUUGCUGUGGAAAUGCUGAUCAAAAUGAUAGCUCUGGGAAUUUUCGGAAAAAAAUGUUAUCUCGGCGAUACGUGGAACUGGUUGGACUUCUUCAUUGUGCUAGCUGGGAUGCUGGAGUACUCUCUCAACCUACAGAAUGCCAGCUUCUCAGCGGUCCGCACUGUCCGAGUCCUGCGACCUCUGCGAGCGAUCAACCGAGUUCCCAGUAUGCGCAUCUUGGUGACGCUGCUCCUUGAUACUCUCCCCAUGCUAGGGAAUGUGCUGCUGCUCUGCUUCUUCGUCUUCUUCAUCUUCGGGAUUGUCGGUGUCCAGCUGUGGGCGGGGCUUCUGCGAAACCGAUGCUUCUUCCCAGAAAAUUUCACAACACCUCCAUCUUUGGGCCUUGACAAAUACUACCAUACAGAAAACGAUGACGAGAACCCUUUUAUCUGCUCACAGCCUCGGGAAAACGGCAUGCGCUACUGUCGCAGCAUCCCAAUGUUGCGUGAAGACGGGGUGGAGUGCAAUCUGGACUACUACUCAUACAACAGCACCGACAACACCACCUGUGUGAACUGGAACCAGUACUACACCAACUGCUCAGCCGGCGACCACAACCCCUUCAAAGGAGCCAUUAACUUUGACAACAUAGGGUAUGCUUGGAUUGCAAUUUUUCAGGUCAUCACUCUUGAGGGCUGGGUGGAUAUCAUGUAUUUCGUCAUGGACGCCCAUUCUUUCUACAACUUCAUCUAUUUCAUUCUGCUCAUUAUAGUGGGCUCCUUCUUCAUGAUCAACCUCUGCCUAGUUGUCAUAGCAACCCAGUUUUCCGAGACCAAGCAGCGAGAGAGCCAGCUGAUGAAGGAGCAGCGCGUGCGCUUCAUGUCGAACGCCAGCACACUGGCCAGCUUUUCUGAGCCUGGAAGCUGCUACGAUGAGCUGCUCAAGUACCUGGUGCAUGUGGUCCGCAAAGCGAAAAGACAGCUGGCCCAGGUGUACAGGAUGGCGGCCACCAAAGCAGGCAUACAGGUGGGGCUAGGCUCAGCUGCUGAGCGGCCCGCUCACAAGAGAAGAAGGAAGAAACAUCAGAGGGCCUCUGUUCACCACCUUAUCCAUCACCAUCACCACCAUCACCACCACUACCACAUGGGAAAUGGCAGCCUGCGGGCACCACGCUCCAGCCCAGAGCUCGGUGACCCGGAGACAGGCUCAGUUCACAAUACCUCUGGUCGUCUCAUGCUGCCACCUUCAUCUGGCUCCAAUAUCAACCUCCUGCCACCUCCCCUGGGCAACACAGAAUCAGUGCACAGUGUCUAUCAUGCCGACUGCCACUUUGAGCCAAUCCACUGUGCCCCCUCACCUGAGAGCAAGAAGAAAAGCACUGCACCACCACUGAGUACACUGGGGAGCAAAAAUUACCCUACUGUGCACCCAACCUGUGUCCAGGAAAGCCAGAAGGAAAAAAUGCCAGUGGACCCUGGCAACAGUGGCUGCGGUGGCACUUUAACCAACCUGAACAUCCCACCCAGACCCUUCAGCACCAUGCACAGGCUUCUGGAAACACAGAGCGCAGGUCCCUGCAAAGGCACUUGUAAACUAACCAGCAACCUGAGCAAUGUGGAUAACCUGACCUGUGACCCUGAGAGCUGCCCGCACUGUAUUAAGUCCCUGAACAACGACUCGGAGGGAACCGACAAUGAAACCGUUGACUCAGACAGCGAGGGCGUCUACGAGUUCACCCGGGAUGCCCACUACAGCGACAGUCGUGAUUCACAGAAAGGUGGAGCUGCGAUGGGUCCUCGUGCUAACAAGAUCAUACAGUUUCUGAAGCUUGUGUGCGAAACCUUCCGUAAAAUUGUGGACAGCAAGUACUUUGGGCGAGGAAUCAUGAUUGCAAUCCUGAUCAACACACUCAGCAUGGGGAUCGAGUACCACGAACAGUUUCCUCACCGACCCUACACAUUUGGCAGCUACAAACAGCAUGGAGACCCUCCUGAAGUCACAGAAAUAGAGAAGGAGGAAGGGGAGUAUGAUGAUGCAGGUGUCAAUGCUGUUGACUUGCAGGUCCAGUUAUCAGGAAACCAGGAAAUUACCAAGAGGGAAGAAGCGAUUGGGCAGUUAAGCUGUAUUCAGCUGCCUGUCGACUCCGGGGGCGACAUCUCCAAAUCGGACUCUGAAGACUUCUACUCCCAGAGCCUGGAAGACGUGUGUGGAAGCAAGAAGGACCUUUCAGCUUCAGCCAUGGUUCCCAUCAAUGGUCACGUGGAGAUGAAGAACAGCUUGACCCCGCCUCUUAUCACCCACACGGCGGCUACGCCCAUGCCAGUGCCAAAGAGUUGUGCUUACGGUGACCUGGCUCUGGGUUAUGAGUCUCGCCGAGGGAGCAGCGUCUCUGUUGACCCCAACUGCUAUGAUAUAAAGUCCCCGGUGAGCGCACGGAGCUCCCCCUACACACCCUGGAGCACCGCCAGCAGCUGGAACAGCCGGCGCUCAAGCUGGAACAGCCUCGGCCGAGCCCCCAGCCUUAAGAAACAGAAACGACAGUCAGGGGAGCGGCGCUCGCUGCUUUCUGGGGACGGCAAGUCAAGCUCAGACGAGGGAGAGGGUUCUGAUGGGGAAGGUGGCUCUGCCAGCAGCUCACUACAUCAGCAUCGCAUGGAGUCCCUGGAGACGAAAAGUUCUUUUGAGCUACCCCCUGACACCCUACAGGUGCCCACCUACUUAUACCGUUCAGCCAGCCUGCUCAGUGCGCGGCCUUCAUUGGCUGAGCACCAGGACUGCAAUGGGAAAACCUCACCAUCGGCCAUGUUGCAUCAGUUUUCCAUCGAAGAACAGCAGAGUGAUGAUGACAACAUUGAAGAAGGAGGUAUCAUGGGUCGCAAAGCCAGGCUGGUUCGGUGGUUUGAGAAGCAUCAGCCUGAAUGGUGCCGGGAAAGAAGCACUUGGUCACUUUACCUCUUUUCACCUCAGUCUAACUUCCGGAUGACGUGCAAUAAAAUCAUCACGCACAAGAUGUUUGACCACAUCGUUUUAGUCAUCAUCUUCCUGAACUGCAUCACCAUCGCAAUGGAGAGGCCCAAGAUCGACUCCAAUAGCGCAGAGAGAUUUUUCCUGACACUGUCCAACUACAUCUUCACGGCGGUCUUUCUCACCGAGAUGACAGUAAAGGUGGUAGCCAUGGGCUGGUGCUUUGGGGAAAAAACAUACCUGAAGAGUAGCUGGAACAUCCUGGAUGGUGUACUUGUCUUCAUAUCAGUCAUCGACAUCCUCGUCUCCAUGAUCUCCAACAGUGGAACAAAGAUCUUGGGAAUGCUGCGAGUCCUGCGGCUUCUGCGCACCCUGCGGCCUCUCCGGGUGAUCAGUCGAGCACCAGGCCUGAAGCUGGUGGUGGAGACCCUCAUAUCCUCCUUGAAGCCCAUUGGCAACAUAGUUGUCAUUUGCUGUGCCUUCUUUAUCAUCUUUGGCAUCCUCGGAGUUCAGCUUUUCAAAGGCAAGUUCUUUGUGUGCUUUGGAGAGGACACCAGCAACAUAACCAACAAGUCGGACUGCCUCCAGGCGCAUUACAAGUGGGUCCGCCACAAGUACAACUUUGACAACCUAGGCCAGGCUCUGAUGUCGCUCUUUGUGCUCGCCUCCAAAGACGGCUGGGUGGACAUCAUGUACGACGGCUUGGAUGCAGUGGGGGUCGACCAGCAGCCCAGGUUGAACUACAACCCAUGGAUGUUGCUCUACUUUAUCUCAUUCUUGCUGAUUGUGGCCUUCUUCGUGCUCAACAUGUUCGUCGGGGUAGUUGUGGAGAACUUUCACAAGUGUCGGCAACAUCAGGAGGCAGAGGAGGCCAAACGGCGCGAAGAAAAGAGGCAGAAGAGGAUGGAGAAAAAAAGAAGGAGUAAGGAGAAAGAGCUGGCUGAUAUAAUGCUGGAUGAUGUUAGACGGAUCAGCUCAGGAUGUGCAGUCACAGAAGCGCAGUGUAAACCCUACUAUUCUGAUUACUCUCCCACACGCCUUCUCAUCCACAAGAUGUGCACCAGCCACUACCUGGACCUCUUCAUUACUGUGGUGAUUGGCCUCAAUGUCAUCACAAUGGCCAUGGAGCACUACCAGCAGCCACAGGUCCUGGAUGAAGCCCUGAAGAUCUGCAAUUAUGUGUUCACCAUCAUCUUCGUGCUUGAAUCAGUCUUCAAACUGGUUGCUUUUGGGUUUCGACGAUUCUUUAAGGACAGGUGGAACCAGUUGGAUUUGGCCAUAGUGCUUCUGUCCAUCAUGGGGAUAACACUGGAGGAGAUUGAGGUCAACGCUUCAUUGCCCAUUAACCCAACAAUCAUCCGCAUCAUGAGGGUCCUGAGGAUCGCUCGGGUGCUGAAGCUUCUAAAGAUGGCCGUGGGAAUGAGAGCCCUGCUGGACACUGUUAUCCAGGCGCUGCCACAGGUUGGAAAUUUGGGGCUGCUCUUCAUGCUUCUGUUUUUCAUCUUUGCUGCCUUGGGAGUGGAGCUGUUUGGUGAUCUCGAAUGCAGUGAAGACCACCCUUGUGAAGGUCUGGGACGCCACGCUACAUUUCGGAAUUUCGGAAUGGCUUUCCUUACCUUGUUCAGAGUGUCCACAGGAGACAACUGGAAUGGCAUCAUGAAGGACACACUGAGGGACUGUGCCCAAGAUAUGGGCACCUGCUACAACACAGUGGUGUCGCCCAUCUACUUUGUUUCCUUCGUGCUCACAGCUCAGUUUGUGCUGGUGAACGUGGUGAUCGCAGUGCUCAUGAAGCACCUGGAGGAGAGCAACAAGGAGGCCAAGGAGGAGGCCGAGAUGGAGGCUGAGCUGGAGAUGGAACUGCGCAACAUCAACAGCCCGUCUCCCCUAGCUGAGGGGCUGCCUUGGCCAGGCGGAGUGGGAGACAUUAGAGACAGGCCAGAUAGUCCAGGAGGGCCCUCUGACUCCAGCCAGGUCAAACUGGACUCACCGCUGUCGCUAGAUGCCCCACUGGCAAGACAUUUACUUGACACCAUCUCCCUACUGAUCCAGGGCUCGUUGGAAGGAGAGCUCACCCUCAUGGACAACCUCUCGGACUCGGUGUGCCAUCACUACGCCCUUCCGAAGUCUGGCAAGUGCGCCACCGAGAAGCAGAUCCCUCUAGCUGAGAUGGAGGCUCUGUCUCUGACGUCUGACAUUGUGUCGGAGAAAUCGUGGUCCUUAGCUCUGACGGACGACUCUAUGCCUGACGAUAUUAACACUCUCUUACUAAAUACUCUGGAGAGCAAUGGGGAAUUGCGAGCCGAACAUAACAAUCCCAGUGCCAUACUGGCCGAUAACCUCCUGUCUGUCAGGAAGCCCUCUGUGGGCCGGACGCACUCUCUGCCCAAUGACAGCUACAUGUUUCAUCCACUGAACCCAGCAGGAUCCACUGGGCCCUCCCGAGGGGCUAUCUCACCUCAGAAGGGUCAGUCAGGUUCCACCACAUCAGUGCAAUCCCAGCCAGCCGACACCAGCACCCACCUUUUGGCCGUCCCGUUGGACUUGUUCCGGCCCAUCAGUCCCCACAGCAAGUCCGAUUCAGAAAGCAUCCCCAAGAUCCCCCCACCAAGACGCCCCUCCAGUGCACACAGGAUGCUGCGACGGCAGGUGGCGGUGACCAAUGACUCCCUGGAUACCCUCUACGGUGAAGCCAAGGAAUCGGUUACUUCUGUGGAGAAGAACCAGCAGAGCGAUCUUUCAGUCCUCGGACUCCCUGUGUCGGCGGGGCUCCAGCCCGCAGUACUGCUUGUUCCCGCAACUCCUGGAGCUUCUCCUAAAAUGGGCCGCUCAAGCGUCCGGACCCAGAAGCAACCGCACAACCAAUACAACAUCUCCAAAUACCCCAGCCCCCAGCCAGUCCGGAGGAGUCCCUUCAGCGAGCAGCUUUCCCAGGACCCUGCUGACCAGGAGGUCACACACAUCAUCACAGGGGGUCAAUCUUCAGGCCUCCCUUCUUUAGACUCAAUUAGGGGUCCUAGUACCUGCCUGAGAGACCUAAAAAAAUACCACAGUGUGGACACCCAAGGCCGUCGCCUCUUGGUGGCCCGGCCUUCCUCGUGGCUGGACGAUCCCCGGAGACACUCCAUCGAGAUCUGUUCCUCUGUGGAAAGUAGCCCACAGCGCAGCUCUGGAUCCUCGGGGUUUGUUUCACGGGCGGAAAGCUUUCAGCAGCCUUCGCCGAGGCGGAAGAAAAAAAUGAGCCCCCCUUGCAUUUCCAUAGACCCUCCCGAGUGCCAGGACCCACUGGUGCUGCCCAAUUUUCACUCUGGCCUCUCCCCCUUACCCAGUAGAGACACCUGUCUUAGGAGACGCGCCCCCUCCUGCGAUUCAAAGGACUCCUUGGACCUGGGAGGGGAGGCCUUGCUGCCAGAAGUCACGCAGAUCUCCCCCAACCCAAAGCUCCUGACUCUUCAUAGCUUCUCUUUUGAGAAGACAGAUGCUGAACACUGAAUUAGAAGGAAAUGAUUAAUAAUAAUAACGACAAUAAUUCGAAUAUCAUCAAUAAUAAUCUCGAUCGAUCACCAUCAUCAUCAUCAUCAGACAGACACUCUCCACAUUUGCCAAAAAAAAAAAAA